CCAGAGCACAGCAGUAGGGUCAGUCAGGAGACAAGGAGGGGACGUCGAGAGAAAUGGAAGAGGGGGAGGGAGACAAUAUGGACUGCGAGCAAGAUGGGAAGACAGGAACAGAGAGAGGAAGUACCUCCACCAAGAGGAAAGGAGAGGCAAGAGGAGAGACUGGGUCCAACUCUCAAGAUAGUGAUUUGCAGCAGGGAAAAAGAAGACAAAAGACCCAAUCUGGAAGGGAGGACGCUGCGGGGAACGAGGAGGGGGAAUCAGCAGAGAGCCUAGGGAAGGCGAGGGAUUCAAACUCAAACUCUAUGGAGGUGACCUCAAGGGGAAGUGGGACAGGUGAAGAAGGGACAGGCACAGCAGGAGAGAGAGAGGAUGACUUAGUUGACAAUGACCACCCAGAAGGUUCCUCACAGUACGAGGAAGACAAAUGCGGUUCCCGGGGGGCCCAGGACCAUGAGUCACUCGAAGAUGAAGAAAUGGUAAGAGAAAGGGCGAGAAAGAAGGGCAUGCAAAAUGUCGAUAACAUGACAGUACAACAGAUUCUGCAGGCAGAGGAGGACCAGAGGGAGAGUUCAAAAGAAGAAGACAACGAAUCCUCAAUGGGGGAAGAAGAAGAAGAGGAGGAGGAGGACCAGGAGGACGCAGAUGCGGAGGACUGGACAAGGGACCGAUGGAUAAAAGAGGUGGAACAACUGGAAUGGGGCAGGACGACCGAGUGUGAAAUCAGGCUGGCCCACCACAAGCAUUUGAGGAACCUACAACUAGCCACACAAGCAGGUGAAGACAUCACAUCAGAAAACAGGUUCGAACUGCUUAGGAGGGAGGGGGAAAUCAAUGAGUUUUAUGCAUCCCAAUAUGCAAGGAAGAGCUGCACAAUAAGGAAUGAGAUUCACAUUCAGCAAGAGGAGUAUGGGAGGUUAUUUCAAUGGCCAAAGAGCUAUCACAACAAGGAAAGAAAGGGAAACAGCGGGAAAAGAAAGGCACAACUGUCAGAGGAGCAAGGCAGUUCAACCAAUGGUAUGAAAGAUUCAAUGGAAGGGGCAGCAAUGGAGGAGGAUCAGGAGAAGAGAGAGAGCGAAGAGGAGGAGGUUCAGGACUUGAGAAGGCAAGCAGCGAUUUUGGUGGUGCAGGUAAACCUGCUCAAGGACGAGAACAGAGAGCUGGAGGACGACACAGUGAAUAUGCAAAGAUAGCAAAAGACCAGUGGAAGGAGAUAAAAGUUGCGGCCCGUC